GGGGAGGUGCGAGAGGGCCCGGCGGCGGCGUGCGCCUGUGGCUGGGCCGGCCGGCGGGAGCGCAGCGCAGCGCGGAGGUUGCCAGGCGCUCAGCCUUUGCCCCGCCGCCGCCUGCCCCGGGUCCGGGAGUGCGGUGGAGGAGGGCACCCAGGAGCCCGGGGCCCGCGCCCCGCGCCCCCCAGACAUGGUGGGCCACCUGCAUCUGCAGGGCAUGGAGGACAGCCCCAAGGAGCAGGGCCGGGAGGGCUUGCUGGACAGCCCCGACUCCGGGCUGCCCCCCAGCCCCAGCCCCAGCCCGCCCUUCUACUCGCUGGCGCCUGGCAUCCUCGACACGCGCGCUGGGGGCGCCGGCACCUCUUCAGAAACCCCGGGACCCAGCGAGGUCAGAGUGCCUCCUUCCCUCCUCCACAACCCCCCGGCCCCUGAGAUGAGAGCCCGGAUGCUGCCUGUGUUCUUCGGGGAGAGCAUCAAGGUGGACCCAGAACCCUCGCAUGAAAUCCGGUGCAACUCUGAGGUCAAGUACGCCUCUGAGAAGCACUUCCGGGACAAGGUCUUCUACGCACCUGUGCCCACUGUCACGGCUUACAGCGAGACCAUUGUGGCAGCACCCAACUGCACGUGGCGCAACUACCGUAGCCAGCUGACCCUGGAGCCUCGCCCUCGUGCCCUGCACUUCCGCAGCACCACCAUCAUCUUCCCCAAGCAUGCCAGAAACACUUUCCGGACCACCCUGCACUGCAGCCUGGGCCGGCCCAGCCGCUGGUUCACCUCCAGCGUGCAGCUGCGACCAUGCGAAGACCCUGGCUCCCACCUUUCUGGUCCUGCCACACCCUGAUGGGGCUGGGGCGGGCUCUGGGCAGGAGGGAGGCAGGUGGGGAGGCUGCUGUGCCAGGAGCAGCAUGGAACAAGGCCGUCCUGGCCCCUUGCCCCAACCCACAGGCUGGGCCAUGUGUUCCCUUGAUCCAGUGCGGAGGACUCAGAAAAUGCAUCUAUUUUGUUAGCACUUAAACCUCAAGGCAGUACGGGCAGGCACAACUGGGUGGCAGCCACCUCAAGGUGGGCAGAGAAGAGUGAGUCCCUCAUGCUGUACCCUUGAAGCAGAGGAUAGCCCUGAGCACUGGAAGGACAGAGGUGUUCCCACCUUGGCUGGGGGUGGGGGGUGCCUACUGCAUCCUUUGGAGAGCCCUACCACUCCUGUGUCCUGAGGCUGUGAGUGGGGCGGGGGGAAGCCAGGCAGCCCCUGUUCCUGGCCAGGAGUGUUUCCAACAUGAGCCACAACUUGUGCUGAGAGGACCAGCUGUGGCUCAGCACACAUUGAGCUGAAAGGUUGGGCAAAGGUGGACACUGUUACCAGGGCUGGUGUUAGUUAUGUUGGGGGCAAAAGGAGAUAGCCUCGGAAAUACCUGGAGCCAUAGCCAUGCCAGGGCUUUGGCCACAGAAGGGAAGCCCUGGGGCUCAGCACCCAGAUCCUCACCCUCAGCACCCAGGGUCCCCCCAGCCAAAACCAUCCAUGCACCAUCUUCAGAAUGUCAAGGCCAACCCAGGGAAGGCCAUGAAAUCUCAGAAAUGUCACUGCCACCUGUGUGAAAACAGUCUAGAUUCAAAGGGGUUCUGAGUUCAGGCACCAGCUUAGAGAUAACACCGUGGAGGCCUCCUGCACAAGGUCAGUUCUACAUGACAACACGUAGUGCCUGACACUGCCUGACAUGAAGGAAGAAGACUGGCUAGAUGAAGACUUGGCUUGGGGAUCCCUGGGACUAGCCAGGAUGUCCAUGGGGCUGGGGCACCUAUGGGGCCACUGGAUACUGCAGAAGCUCUACAGUGGCCGUGAGGAUGCCUCUCUGAGCCCUCUUCCCUCUCUGACCUGAAUGCCUCAGCAGUGGGCAGCUGCUCCUGCCAACCCCCAAGUUCCCUCUGUGGGACUCAGCUCAUGCCCAGAAGGGAUAAAAUGUCUGGUAUAUUUUUAUAUAUCCACAUAGAUAGUGUAUUUUCUCUCCAGAGAUGCUUUCUGAUAAAGAAGUAACUUAAGAAAUCAAUUGAUUAUCUUAAUAAAAUAUGCAAACCCCAAAGGACUUCCAUUUUAGUUUCUGAGACCCUGAAUCCCACUGGGGGUAAAGGGGCAGACCUGUUCCCAGGGGCAUCUCACUCUAUGGCCACCCACUGUUCUUCCCACGUGGCGUUGCUAUUGCCUGGGAGACCCUGCCUUCUCCCUGCUCAUAGGGUACAGGGAGGGACUUAACCCCCACUUCAAGGCCAGCCUCAGGGUACAUAGGGUCUGCCCAAGAGCAAGUCAAUAAAUGCCCAGGCCCCGAACAGGGAUUUGGAGCCGGAGGCCGGGACAUCUGCAUUUUUGAUGUGUGCCUAUGCUUUGAGCUCUGCAUCCCAGCCCCCACCCUGUCCCCAGAGAACAGCCUCAGCCGGCUGGGAUGUACCUUAGGAUUUGUUUCCAUUUGACACUUAGAAAGGCCUUGCGCUCCAGAUCCUGAGUGCAUUAAGGGAGACACUGGAAGGCAAGGACAGUGUCCUCAAUGAGUUGGAAAAUCAGACUGGAAUUUGCCCUGGGGCUCUAGAGUUGGUGCCAUCCCAAGCAUUGUAUUAAAUGUUUCAUUUGGUUUUUCACUCAUGUCAUCCCUACCUGCUGAGACAGGUACUACUGAAUCUCCACUUUACAGAAGAGAACGUUAGGCACAGAGAGGCUAAGUAACUUGCCCAAGGUCACAUAGCUAGUAGGACACAGAGCCAGGACCUGAGCCCAAGAUCCCUGACACUCUGAACUGCAGGACCUGCCUCACAGGGCGUGACCCUAACAGAGAUGGGGUAGUGAGUGCCACACAGGCAGAGUCAGUGACAGGUCUACAUGAACCUUAAGGCCUGCUGUAGACAAGCAGGACAGAAACACCAUUUCAGGGGCUCUGAGCCCUCUGUCCUUGCUUUGGUGACGGGAUUCCAUGCAAACGCACACACUGGCAGUAAGAUUCUCUAAUAUCCUCCUCAAUGCAUGCAAACUCCAUUCCACAAGUUUGAUUUUCAGCCAACCUCGAUCUCUCACCACCUCAAAGGAAAAUGGGUUUCCUGCACUGUCCCAGUGAAUCCAGUGGACUGGUAGGUGCUCCUGGGAUCAGUCUUUGCUCCAGAGCCCGGCUGAGAUGCUGGAUGUGCACAGCAUGUGAAGCCUUCCCGCCCAGGAAUGCUCCUUCCUCUCCAUCUUUAACAGGCAGUUCCCGCAAAACCUUUUACCCUCACCCCAUGUCCACAUCUGCUUCCCCAGAGAGUACACAUGCCUGAGAGCCUGCACCGGGGGACCUCUUGGGCUCACUUUGCCACACAAACAAUGUUUGCCUUCCCUGGUGGGGUUGGAGCCCUGGCCACCUGUAGCCUGAAGUGCAGGGGCCCAGUCAGGGACGAGGAGAGAACAGGGAGUGAGACUGGCUCGUAAGGCCCCCAAAGGCACACUGGUUUUCCUCUGCAGCAGCAAUUCUGUCCUAUGGGAACCCAGGGGACCUGGAGACAGGCAGAAAGAGGCACUAGUUUCAUGCAGACCCUGUCCUGAACCCUUGGAGACAUUCCUGGAGCUCCAGCUGCCUAGGCUCAGCUGCUUUAGCUCUUGUUAAAGGUCCUUCCUCCCUUGCCCCUGGCCCAUGUCCACCAGAUGAGCAAGAUGUCCCCAUGCCAGGCAAGCCCUUGGUGAUGCCCCCAGAGGGGCAACUGUCACCCAGGCAGGGGGCUGAUGAGGGGUGGGCUCUGUCAGAAUACACCACUUCCCUUCUUUUAGCCUCUGCAACAUGGGCCUAAGGUCUCUAUUUUGCAGGCCUAAGAGCAAAGUUGGCAGUGCCCUUCUGCAAACAAGUGCCCCCCCACCCACCCCCAUCGGCCAGACUUGACAUAGUCCAUCUCUUCCUCCCCAAAAUGGGAGUAACAAGAACCACAGCUCUGGUGCCAACAGACACAGAGCACUGGGACUGUGUCUGGCCAUGCUGUGAGCACUCUCCGUGUUUAACCUGCUUCAUCUCCCGGUGAGGGUGGGGAGAAUUCUACCAGGAGGAAGCAAGCGGAUGACAGCUGCCACUGCCAGGAUAGCUCCUGUCCCCACAGCUGAAGUCUCCUGGUUUUCUGCAGGACCCAUAAAUGACAACAUAGUCUCAUCUGAUGGCCCUUCUCUGCUUUCCAGGGUAGAAUGGCCAGAGAACCCUAUCACCAGCUGCUACUUGACUGACUGAUACAUUCCCAAAAUAUGCAAACUGUCACCAGACCAGUUGCAGUUUCUCUUCUCCCUCUAUAAAACCCACCUUUGUAUUCCUUUCACGUGGUCGAGUUAAUGGCAGCUGUGUAAAAGGGAUAAAUGGCAUUUAGCAGUCAUGGCA